ACAGGGAUAUUAUCUCGGCUGCCGACGGCGGUAAGUUUUCACCCUGUGGCUGACGGCGCCGGAGUAGCAGGAAGACGGUAGACAUGUCUGACUUCACGGAAGACCAGAUCAUUGAUUUCAAGGAAGCGUUCCUGCUGUUUGACCGGACAGGCGAUGGGAAGAUCAGCUACAGCCAAUGUGGGGAUGUGAUGCGUGCGCUGGGCCAGAACCCCGUCAAUGCCGAGGUGCUGAAGGUCUUGGGAAACCCCAAAGCUGAUGAGAUGAAUUUCAAGAUGCUGGACUUCGAGCAGUUCCUGCCCAUGUUUCAGACCAUUGCCAAGAACAAGGACCAGGGCUCCUUUGAGGACUUUGUGGAGGGCCUGCGCGUCUUCGACAAGGAGGGCAACGGCACCGUCAUGGGUGCCGAGUUGCGUCAUGUCCUCACCACGCUAGGAGAGAAGAUGACUGAGGAAGAGGUAGAAACCCUGAUUGCAGGUCACGAAGAUGCUAAUGGCUGCAUCAACUAUGAAGAACUUGUCAGGAUGGUCAUGAGCGGCUGAAGACCUGAGCAUCAUCUUCAAUAUUUUAGACAUAGGGUUUCUUUGUAUAUUUAUCCCCCGCACCCUCACUGGCAUACCGGCACCCACAAUGCUCCUGGGCUUCGUUAGUUCACCUUCUCAGAAGUGCCUUCGACACAGCGGACACCCCACGGUUCGAGGUGGAAUGCCCCGCGCUCCUCCGCCGGCACCUUUUGACGUGGUGCCGCGUGAACUUGCUGCUAGGAUCGGAAGAGGCCCAGCAGAGAGGAAGCCCAGCUUCCUCAUCACCGGUCGCUCUGCGUCAUAGGAAAGGUGUCGGUAAAUUAAUCGGGCAUGAACUGAAAGUUGCUUGUGGUGUUUUGUUUAGACUAAAUAAAUUUGCCUGAUUCCUGAAA